CCCUGUAGUGCCUAUUGUACGUUCCUAGGGAGAGACACCAUCAUCAAUUGAGAGCGACAUUUGUCUUUUCCAGGGCUCGUAAUAGCUGCGAGCUCCUGUGAAAGAGUAUCCCCCGCUCGCAAGAGUUUCUUUAGGCAUGUUUCAUAGCCUCCUAUUUCCUCUCAGGUUUGUUUCUCUGCCACGUGUCGCGCUCUCAAGCCCAACUUUCCGCAAUUUACGCCUCACGCUCCAACCCAUCCCACGUCCCAACGCUCUCUCUCACUCUGCGUCCUUCCCGCUACACCGUGCCAGCACCUUACCAGGCGCUACUGUCCUUUGUGAGUCGACCCAUCAUAGCUGUUUUUCGCUGCGCGAAGGAGAAAGGCAACCCUCCUCCUGCCGGGCCGUCAGAUUUAACUCGCCCGGAAGCAUCUCUCAGGCCGAUUUCUCAAAAUCAGCCGUUUCCCAGAGAUCAGCGGUUCUUGCGAAAUUCCGAGCCCGUGCGGUUUCGCAGGAUUUAUCGCGCGAUUUAUCGCAGGAUUUGUCGCAACGAACGGCGGGUGCGGAGGGAUCAGUACGGAACGCGUCCACGUGGCCGAAGCAUCAGGUGGAUCUCUUCGCUAUCGACGGCGGGAUCUCCGCAGCUUCCUCAGCAUCAGGAUCUCCAGGAAUCGCGGAGCCGUUUGCUGCAAAAAUGUCGGCGGAAGACGAAGUGUACGCGUUCGUUAAGGGAUCGAGCGACGCUAAAAGCCUUUUAUCGGGGAUAAAGCUCAGCGGGGACAGCGGCGGGGUGGUGCUGAGAAACGACGCGGAAGUUUCUUCUGCCAAGGAUCUGGUCGGGUUCGACGUGGAUGGAUUUUUUAGCGCUUUGUCGACUGACGGACUCGGACGGACGUUGCUGGCGAGCAAACGACUUCCGUCAACUCACACGCUCGUGUCAAAGAGCUUCGCGUCUCUCCCUAUAGGCACCGUCUGCAUCUCCCGCAUCCAAUACAGCGGACGAGGCCGCGGCGGCAACACGUGGGAGAGCCCCGACGGCUGCCUCAUGUUCUCGCUCUCCCUGCGCUGGACCGACGGCCGCUCGCUGCCCCUGCUGCAAUACGUGCUGUCGCUGGCAGUGGUGCAAGCGAUCGAAGAGAUGGCCAGGGAGAGAGGGACCAGCCUCCCCCAGGUGGCCCUCAAGUGGCCCAACGACAUCUUUUUGGGCGGGCAGAAGGUGGGAGGCGUACUUUGCACUUCAUCGUACAGGAGCAAAGCUUUUGACGUCACCGUGGGCAUCGGCCUCAACGUGGACAACACCCACCCCACCACGUGCAUCAACGCAGCACUGCAAGCAGCCUGCCCCUCUGCCGCCCCUGUCUCGCACGAGGCUCUGCUGGCGGCUGUGCUCAACCGCCUGCACUCUCUGUUGACCGUGUUCGAACGGGAAGGAUUCAAGCCUCUGGAAGCAGACUAUCUCCAUUGCUGGCUGCACAGCGGGCAGCAGGUGGUGCUGGAGGAAGCCCAGGCGGGUGGAGGCGUGACUCAGGUCUCCCUGACUAUUCAGGGCCUCACUUCGGGUGGUUACCUCCUUGCGACUGACCCGUCGGGUGUACAAUUUGAACUUUCCCCAGAUGGCAACAGCCUUGAUUUUUUCAAGGGCUUGAUGCGCCGGAAGCUGGACCCGCAGGAGCAGGUGGUAGGAGGUCGUUGACGGGUGAUUGUCUCUCACGUGCAUUGCUCGAUGGAACGCUAGCAGGGCCUAUCGGCUGGGAACUCGCAUGUCAACCCCCUUCCCACAGAGCCCACAAGCAGGUGGUUCAGCCAUCGGCCCUGCCGCGGCUUAUCGCCACCUGCUGAGAGCAGUCAAGGAGUGUACAGCGAAUCUGGACGCAGAAGCAUGUGCACGGCCCCUCUACCCAUCUGCUCAUGACCCCGCCUCCUCUUCCUCUUCCCCACAAGCUAAUUCUUCCAGAGCCAGUGGUUUUAGCUUCAAGAAAGCACUCGUGGGUAGGGCAGUAGUUGAUUCUUCUACAGGUGAGGUAGAACGUAGUAAAGCCGUACAGGCUUACUUCGACUCGCUACAAGCAAAGCUUGUUAGCAAUAUAAGGGAGGCGUUUCAACACUACAGUAGUUUGGGCCAGACGGAGCAAGAACAACGAGCUACCUUGAUAGCUGCUGUUCGGGUGCUGAGGAUGUUGCACAAAGUCAAAGGACUCUAGCUUAGUAGUUUGUAAUGUAGUUACUCUUCACUAAUCAUACCCCUUACAACUGAGCUCCUCACAACGGUAGCUUGGUGCUCGUA